CGAGAGGGCGGAGGGUGUAAGUGCAGCUUUCAGACCGGUUCCUCGCCGAUACCGCUGGGUAGUGAACCCCUUAUAUCUGUUUGAUAAAGAACAACACCGGAUUGUCACGUUAGCCGACCGGGGACGACAUAUUCAGCCGCUGACCGGAUACGACAGAAAUAACUUCAACGGACCGAAACGAGAACAUUUUGUACAACUUUGAGCUGUCAGUUGGGGUAAGGCAGAUCGGGGGAGAGGACUUGAAGCCGAGGGGGACCCCCGAGCGGCCCGGUCCCACAUCAGCCACCGAAGCCGGGGAGCAGGGAGCCGCGGAGCCGAGAGCGGCGCGUCGGCCAGCGGAUCAAGUUUUAACCUGCACAGGGGGAGAAGUAAUCACUGGGAGCCGGGUCAUCCGGACAGAGACCUCAUGAAUGGAAAUCGGAACAACAGGAGACGUUGGAGCAGCCGCUGAAGCCCAAGCCCUUUUUGCCUUGCCACGGCGACCUGGCUAUGGCACCCUUGGGAAGCCCAUUAAGCUUCUUGCCAACUGCUUCCAGGUGGAAAUACCCAAGAUCGACGUCUAUCUGUAUGAGGUGGACAUCAAGCCAGAUAAAUGUCCUCGCCGGGUCAACAGGGAGGUGGUGGACUCCAUGGUUCAGCAUUUUAAGGUGACCAUCUUUGGUGACUGUCUGCCAGUUUACGAUGGGAAGAAAAGCCUCUACACUGCUAGUCCACUACCUGUCGCCACUGGUGGGGUCGAUCUGGAUGUCACCCUGCCAGGUGACGGUGGGAAGGACCGCCCAUUUAAAGUCACCAUUAGGUUUGUGUCUUUGGUCAGCUGGCACAUGCUGCACGAAGUCUUGACAGGACGCGGGGUGGCCGGGCCGGUUGACCUGGAGAAACCCAUCAGCACCAACCCUGUUCAUGCUGUGGACGUCGUCCUGCGACACCUGCCCUCCAUGAAGUACACGCCUGUGGGACGAUCCUUCUUCUCCUCCCCAGAGGGAUACGACCACCCGCUAGGUGGAGGAAGAGAGGUUUGGUUUGGCUUCCAUCAGUCAGUACGGCCAGCCAUGUGGAAAAUGAUGCUCAAUAUUGAUGUGUCAGCCACAGCUUUUUAUAAAGCUCAGCCAGUGAUCCAAUUCAUGUGUGAGGUCCUGGACAUUCAUAACAUUGACGAGCAGCCCCGCCCUCUCACCGACUCCCACAGAGUCAAGUUCACCAAAGAGAUCAAAGGUCUUAAAGUGGAAGUGACACACUGUGGAACCAUGCGUAGGAAGUACAGAGUCUGCAAUGUAACACGGCGCCCUGCCAGCCUCCAGACAUUUCCAUUGCAGCUUGAGAGCGGUCAGACAGUGGAGCGUACCGUGGCGCAGUACUUCAGAGAGAAGUACAGCCUGCAGCUUAAGUACCCCCACCUGCCUUGUCUGCAGGUGGGCCAGGAACAGAAACACACCUACCUGCCCCUGGAGGUGUGCAACAUUGUACCUGGCCAACGCUGCAUUAAAAAACUGACAGACAACCAGACAUCAACCAUGAUCAAAGCAACAGCCCGCUCUGCACCAGACAGACAGGAGGAGAUCAGCAGGCUGGUGAGGAGUGCAAAUUACGAGGCCGACCCGUUCGUCCAGGAGUUUCAGUUCCGUGUUCGAGACGAGAUGGCUCAGGUGACGGGCCGCGUCCUGCCGGCCCCCAUGCUGCAAUAUGGCGGCAGGGUGAGCUCUGAACCCUUUAUGUCCCAGCAGAUCAACCCUGCACUGUCGUUGCAGAACCGCACGGUGGCCACACCCAGCCACGGGGUGUGGGACAUGAGAGGGAAGCAGUUUCACACCGGAGUGGAGAUCAAGAUGUGGGCCAUCGCCUGUUUCGCCACCCAGAGGCAGUGCAGAGAAGAGAUCUUGAAGAGCUUCACCGACCAGCUACGCAAAAUCUCAAAGGAUGCUGGGAUGCCAAUUCAGGGCCAGCCAUGUUUCUGUAAAUAUGCCCAGGGAGCCGAUAGCGUGGAGCCCAUGUUCAGACACCUGAAGAACACCUACGCUGGGCUGCAGCUCAUCAUCGUAAUCCUGCCUGGGAAAACACCAGUCUAUGCUGAGGUGAAGCGGGUGGGUGACACCCUACUGGGCAUGGCCACCCAGUGUGUGCAGGUGAAGAACGUAGUGAAGACGUCCCCUCAGACCCUCUCAAACCUCUGCCUCAAGAUCAACGUCAAACUGGGAGGAAUCAACAACAUCCUGGUUCCACACCAACGGCCCUCUGUGUUCCAGCAGCCUGUCAUCUUCCUUGGGGCUGAUGUCACUCAUCCUCCAGCAGGAGACGGGAAGAAGCCAUCUAUUGCAGCGGUGGUGGGCAGCAUGGACGCCCACCCCAGCAGGUACUGUGCUACAGUGCGGGUCCAGAGGCCCAGACAGGAAGUCAUCCAGGACUUGGCCUCCAUGGUGCGAGAGCUCCUGAUCCAGUUCUACAAAUCAACCCGCUACAAACCAACCAGAAUCAUCUUCUACAGGGAUGGAGUGUCAGAGGGGCAGUUCAGACAGGUGCUGUACUAUGAGCUGCUGGCCAUCAGGGAGGCUUGCAUCAGUCUGGAGAAAGAAUACCAGCCGGGGAUUACUUACAUUGUAGUACAGAAACGCCAUCACACACGCCUCUUCUGUGCGGAUCGCAAUGAGCGGGUUGGACGAAGUGGAAACAUUCCUGCCGGCACCACAGUGGACACGGACAUCACCCACCCCUAUGAGUUUGACUUUUACCUCUGCAGUCACGCUGGAAUCCAGGGUACGAGCCGGCCUUCCCACUACCACGUUCUGUGGGAUGACAACUGCUUCACCGGCGACGAGUUCCAGCUCCUCACCUACCAGCUGUGCCACACCUACGUCCGCUGCACGCGCUCCGUCUCCAUCCCAGCACCGGCCUACUACGCCCACCUGGUGGCCUUCCGUGCCCGCUACCACCUGGUUGACAAAGAGCACGACAGUGCGGAGGGCAGCCACGUCUCAGGGCAGAGUAACGGCAGGGACCCCCAGGCGCUGGCCAAGGCUGUUCAGAUCCACCACGACACACUGACGACCAUGUACUUCGCCUGAACGCCCCCAACACUUCUCUUCAUCUUUCCCAGCCAGUCUAAGUGUCUGACUUCCAUCAGCGGCCUCGUCUCAUCACGCAGAGUGACCCCCCAACCCCCAACCCCCCCGACCCCUUCAUGUGCUGGUGGUGCAGCUUUGGUCACUGGAGCUUGAUAACGACGGCUGCAGGCUGCGUAAGGAUGUAAUAAGCCAGAGAGGAGUUACAGCCUCGUUAUGCAAUUUGAAACCAGCCGUUAGCUUCUGUGCCCACGCAUCUCUCUCACCUCCUGUGUUAUAUUUAAAUUUGAUGUCACAUCCCCACCUUCCAGUUUCAAGCAGCUCAAAGUUUUAUUUUGCUGAUUUUUUCCCCCCUGUGUGUUGAAAGAAUGGCGGAGCAGCAGGGAAAACAAAAACUGAUGAUUUUUUGGUGCAUGGGUGGAAGCAGAACCAGUGAGGACCUGACUUGCUCUGUAGCCUCACGUUGAGCCUAAUGUUGCUGUUUUAUAUUGUAGACGGUUUUACAUGUUUGUGAGUUUUCCGCUUGUCUAGAUACAAUACUGUAUGUGUUAUUUCUCUGUCGGGCAAAUGUGUGAUUGCCAUGGCAUCAUGUUAGUCGAGUAUGCUCGUAAAACAAAAGCUUCGCCCUUUUUUUCCCCUAAAAACGGCAGGCUGCCUUAGCGGUAACUCUUCUGUCUCCCUUUAAGCCAGUGGUUCCUCACAGUCAUUCAGCCAGACAAGAAGCAAAACUGCACUCUGAACACAGACACUGAAUGAAAAAUCUUAAUUUAUAUUUGUUUGACAAAGCCACGUACAGCCAUCGAUGAGGCAUUGUGUAUCGCUUGAUGCCUUACUGCGAGGCGAGGUGCAUAAAUACGACUGUUAGAAUCCAACGGCAUGGCCACGACAUGGACAUUUUUAAACUUCUCUCACUUAUAGUUCAGCUUGUGUUAUACCAAACGUUUCUUGUGUGUCUUAUUCCUCUUGCUAUUUAUUAUAAGUUGUUAUUCUUUUAAACUUAAAUUAACAUUCAGCAAUAGAACAGAGCAGACAGUUUAUAUCUUCUGACAACCACAAACCUUUUUCAAGUUUUUACACGAGGAACUGACCGGUUUAGUUGUCAGGAACUCCUUUGGUGCAAUAAGGUGUUAACGCAGAGAGAGCAGCUUCAGGGGUGAAUGUUUUCAAUGACUAUUUGUGUGGUUUAAUUGUUUGAGUGAGUUUUGGGCAAGUGUCGAUGAGCUAGGAUUCAGGAAUGUUUGGUAGUUGACGUUCUCAUGGAGGUGAAGAUCAGCCGCGAAGUCUGAUGGAGUUCGGAGAGAUUAAACAAAGUGCCUGAUUUAGUUUGAGAGCGAACUGUUGGUUGGAUGGAAGGUUUUUAAUUGUAUGUAGGUUUGGGUGCCUCCGUUAAUACAUUUAGUGAAAUGGCACUGGUGGAGCUGGACUGUAGUUGAUCUGGUGUUAAGAUCACAAAAUACUCAAACAAUAAGAUGCACUUACAGAUGUGAAUUUCUGAGCGGGUGUUAAUCCAGUCAUGUGGAGGUAGAGACUUCUCUGUGGACGUGUGUCCUCACGUGGUGCACUGAUAGGACUCACUGCCAGUCAAAGACUUCAUAUUCAGAUUUCAGAGUCUUUAUCACCUGCUGUAGCUUUGUUGCAUUUGUUUUCAGAGGUGGUCUGGGGCUGAGUAUCUCCAGAGUAAUUCAAGGAUUCUGAGUAGGGCUGCAGCUUAUAAUUAUUUUCAAUAUCUGUUAUAAUUUCCCAGAGCCCAAGGAGAUGUAUCAGACGAGUUGCUUUGUCCGACCAACAGUCUAAAGCUCCAAAGAUAUACAGUUUACUAUCCUAUAACAAAGAAAGCAUUGAAUUCUUAUAAUAUUUAGCCUUUUUUUAAAUGAUUAAAAAGAUUAAUCAGACAGAAUAGUUGGCAAUUAUUUUUCUGUCAGUUGAUUAAACGUUUAAUCAUUGCAGCUCUAGUUCAAUACCUUUUUACUUUAGAAAAUACUGUGUUUGUGUAUUAGGGCUGUUUUAGGUUAAAAAAACAGUUGCAGAUUGCAGUUUAAGGACAAAUUUUAACCACUUGAAAUUAAAAAUUAAAAUUUUUUUUUUACAAAAAACAAACUUGAAUAUCAUGCAUAAAGAUUAAAGUGGCAAAAGACAAAAACUCAAAUUUCUGAGAAAAAUAAAUCAGAUAUUCUUUGAGAUUAAAAACGGUAAAUUUACGAGUAAAAAAAUAUUUUCUGAGAUUUUAGAUGCAAAUAUAAGUGAAAGCAACUGAUAUUCUGAGAUCAAGUUUUAAAUGUGUAAGAAAAAAAUGGUAAAUUCUCUGAGAUUAAGGUCACAUCAACCUCAUCACACCACAGACGUUAACACUUGCUGUGUAUGAUGCUAAUGAAUUUUUGUCAAUAUAUUAAUGCUUGAUUUUUUUUAACCUAUAAGGCCCAAAUAUGCAGUCCUAGAAAUCAGCGUUAUUAUGCAGUAUGGGAACAGGUUUUCUGCUUCACAUGAAAUAAAAAAGGAAUAUCACAUAAAAGGAAAAUUUCUUGCAAGAAUCCAACACGAUCAAUAUUUUUAUGCCUUUAAUUAAUCAUUGUUGCCAGAAUUUUUUCAAUGCCCAGUCGUUGAGGGUGUUUUCUGUCAUGACCUUGCAGUAUAGUUUAAUACAGACGAAGCCUUCAGGUUUCAUCACUUGGACCAAACCAACGUGCCUGGUCGGGGGGUGGAGGACUUGUUGGGGGCCUUAAAGCAUUGAGCUGAUGUGCUCUGCACUGCUAACUGUGCUAGCCACACGUCACCUGAACCAAACCUAAGCUGCUAUAAGAGAACACGUUUAUUUAAUAAUUCAUCAGAUACAUAUAGGCUAUAUAUUGAUACAGAGAGAUUAAGAGUAUAAUGGUAUUUUCCUGCACUUACAGAGAUGCAUGUGUUUAUGGUUGAACAGAGAUGUGAUUCAGUCAAAGCAUUUUAAUUCUAAGAAUAUCAGAGCACCUCUGUGUAACCCCUCUGUGUUAGUUGUCAUGUUGCAGCUGUUUCUUAAUGUCGGACAUUACCAGCAUUUGAUUUUACUUGAAAAUUAGUCGUGGGCAUGUUUAACAUUGUUGGCUAGUGCUCUGCUUGUUUUUUGAAAGUCUAUAUGGAGCCUUAUUACCCGCUCAUAAUGCCACGUACAGUACAUCGACCUCUAGAGCCUGUUGGCAGGGCUUUGUGUCUUACAGCGCUGGACAUCAGAUGCCUUUGUCCUCAAAAAUAAAAGCAUUUUUAAGUCUGAAUUGAGAUAUAUUUAUAUGUAGAGAUAUUAAUGUACACCACUUUUUUCUUUUUUAAAACAAAGUCCUAUUUGAAGCUGUAUCAAAAUAUGGCGUUUAAUAAUUGUAGUGGUCUGUGAUCAUUUUUCCAAAUUUGAUAAUGCAAUAGGUUUACUUGUGUGAAAAGCAAAAACUGAUGUUUGCUGCGUUGACCUGCUUUGUGGAGACUGUCGGGGGUUGUUUUGUCAUGUAAGUGAUCGGAUGAACUAUCAGCCCUCCUCCUGUAAAGACGAUCUAUGAAAACCUCCCUGCUGUCGUUUUUAUCAUCUCAGAGCUCAUUGAAGAAGUGAACUUUGAAUUGGAUCGUGUUUAAAGACAUUUCUCAAUGCAUGUGCUGCAAACUGCAAAGUUUUUUUUAUUUUAUUCUUAUUGCAUAUUCAUGAGUAGAGGAGGGUUGAAAGUUCAUCCUUGGACCGUUUUUUGUCCGUUAACAGACUGUGCCUUUCCUGAUGGUGCUGAAAAAACAAGUAAAUCAAAGACUUUCAGAAAGGGCGCUGAGGCCCGGGUCUAGUAUAUGUUGAUACAUGAUAAUACUGUAAGGCGUGACUGUGUGUGUAUAUGUAUUUGUUUUGUGUGCGUGUGUGUGUGUGGAUACCUCUGACAUAUGCCAAGAACACAAAAAUAUGCAGAACUGAUCAGUGUGGAACUGACAGGACCAAAAGGCCUGUGGGGAUUGAUUUAGUGGACGGGCACUCGCAAGCACAACCCAAAAACUAACAUUUCUAAAUAAUUUAAAAAAAAAUAGGGGAACACUCUUAACUCUGUAGGUAUCGAGUAGCUCAGUUUAGACAUUAUGUAUCAUUAUUUAUUUUAUCUUUAUUUCUACAGGGACAUAACGCCUCCCUUUACUGCCUGUUUUUUCUCCCUCUUUUUAUGUGUUCGUACUUAAAUGGACUGCAAUAAUGACUCAAUCAUAAAGUUUCUGUGCAAUCAGCAAUCUCCAUGCAUAACUCUAUCUGACGCCCUUUUAACUUGUUCUUUUAUCUUCUAAUGUGAAAUUUAGAGGUUUACAGACUAGCGAUAGUUCUUUGGUUGAGUUGUUAACUCCACGAGUGCCCGUCUCCCAAGUUAAGGGAUUCCCCACAACAAUAAAUCUUUAAAACCUCUGUGGUUGGCUGCAUAUCAUACUCAAAAAGACAACAGAUGAUGUUUGGGUUUCACAGUAUAUUAAUGUGCUUUUUUCUUUUCUUUUUGCCUGAUUAUUAAAUGGUGUCACUUUUAGAAGUAAAA